CACUCGGCGCCGUCGCUCCGUCCCGCAGGCCCGCUCCCGCCGCAGCAUGUUGCGCGCCGCCGCGCUCGCUGCCGCCGGCCUCCGGCCCCGCCUGGGCCGCCGCCUCCUGUCGGCCGCCUCCUCCCAGGCCGUGCCGGCCCCCAACCAGCAGCCCGAGGUCUUCUACAACCAGAUCUUCAUAAACAAUGAGUGGCACGAUGCUGUUAGCAAGAAAACGUUCCCCACCAUCAAUCCAUCCACUGGAGAAGUCAUCUGUCAGGUAGCUGAAGGAGAUAAGGAAGAUGUGGACAAGGCAGUAAAGGCUGCCCGGGCUGCCUUCCAGCUAGGUUCACCCUGGCGCCGCAUGGACGCAUCUGACAGAGGCCGCUUGCUGAACCGCCUGGCAGAUCUGAUUGAGCGAGACCGGACCUAUCUGGCAGCCUUGGAGACCCUGGAUAAUGGCAAGCCCUAUGUCAUCUCUUACCUUGUGGAUCUGGACAUGGUCCUCAGAUGCCUCCGUUACUAUGCUGGCUGGGCUGAUAAGUACCAUGGGAAAACCAUUCCUAUCGAUGGGGACUUUUUCAGUUAUACCCGCCAUGAACCUGUCGGGGUGUGCGGGCAGAUCAUUCCAUGGAACUUCCCCCUCCUGAUGCAAGCCUGGAAACUGGGCCCAGCUCUGGCGACCGGAAAUGUGAUUGUGAUGAAGGUAGCUGAGCAGACUCCACUCACUGCCCUGUAUGUGGCCAACCUGAUUAAGGAGGCUGGCUUUCCUCCUGGCGUGGUCAAUAUUAUUCCUGGAUUUGGCCCCACAGCUGGGGCUGCCAUCGCCUCCCACGAGGAUGUGGACAAAGUGGCCUUCACAGGCUCCACCGAGGUUGGCCACCUAGUCCAGGUUGCUGCAGGGAACAGUAACCUCAAGAGAGUGACCCUGGAGCUGGGAGGAAAGAGCCCCAAUAUCAUCAUGUCAGAUGCAGACAUGAACUGGGCCGUAGAGCAGGCCCACUUUGCCCUGUUCUUCAACCAGGGCCAGUGCUGCUGUGCCGGCUCCCGGACCUUUGUGCAAGAAGAUGUUUAUGCUGAGUUUGUGGAGCGGAGUGUUGCCAGGGCCAAGUCACGUGUAGUUGGGAACCCCUUUGACAGCCAGACUGAGCAGGGGCCACAGGUGGAUGAAACUCAGUUUAAGAAGAUCCUUGGUUAUAUCAAAUCUGGGAAGGAGGAGGGGGCGAAACUAUUGUGUGGUGGAGGGGCGGCUGCUGACCGAGGCUACUUUAUCCAGCCCACCGUGUUUGGAGAUGUACAAGACACCAUGACUAUCGCCAAGGAGGAGAUCUUUGGGCCAGUGAUGCAGAUCCUGAAGUUCAAGACCAUAGAGGAAGUUAUUGGGAGAGCCAAUAAUUCCAAGUAUGGGCUGGCUGCAGCUGUCUUCACCAAGGACUUGGACAAAGCCAAUUAUCUGUCCCAAGCCCUCCAGGCUGGCACUGUGUGGAUCAACUGCUAUGAUGUAUUUGGGGCCCAGUCACCAUUCGGUGGCUACAAGAUGUCUGGGAGUGGCCGGGAGCUGGGAGAGUAUGGGUUGCAGGCAUACACGGAAGUGAAAACUGUCACGAUCAAAGUGCCUCAGAAGAACUCCUAAAGAACUCCACCAGCUCCCUCACUCAUCCAGCGACUGAGGUCAAGGACAUCAGCAGCAAAACCAAGAAAAAUGACGCUUGCACACGAAAAGUCUCAAGAGAGAAAUUUGCUCAUAGAAUCUCUUGAUCAAGAAAGUCACAGAUUUUGAAUUGGUAAAUGGGAGUGGGUGCAGGGCAAAGAGUACAGGGAGAGCCUUUUACCCUGCAACAGUACUACUGCUAGGUUUCAGGCUGAUUUUUCAAAACUAGAUUCAAAUGUCUUAUCUUGUCCAUCUGGUAUCCUUCUGUAACUUGCCCUUGUGGGGGAACAAAAAGCUAUUGUUUAUCCUUGUACUAACAAGUUGGGGCAACAACUAGUGCCUUCCUUUGUAUUCUGGACUAAAACUCAUUAAAAACAAUGCUGCUGUUCA